AUGCAAGUAACAUCUUUCCUAUUUGCUCAACUUCACGGAAACCUCGAGGAAGCGCUGCGGACUUGUGAUGAAAAUGCGCUAACAUCAGACUUACAGUCGUGGUCAUCGGUCAAUGGCAAAGAUGCGCAUACCGAAUGGCCAGCUUUUGAGAGUAGCGAUUCGGACACGAAUACAUUCGAUAGUCGUAAAAAUGCUAUACACAAGAAUAAACCCUCACAAGGCCAGCAAACACCUGAUAGACAUUGGGAAAAUAGAGAUUCACCACCUCUUUCAACAACAACGCCUGACUCUGCGAAAUACGGUGAUUUUGAAGAACUUCACACGAAAUCUAUGGCAACCGUACUAUACGAUUAUAGUCCGCUAGAAAAUGAUGAGAUUCCGCUACAGAAAGGUGAAACAAUCGAGGUACUGAGUGAUGCCGACUCAUUGGGUUGGUGUACAGGGCGUAAAAAUGGAGAGAUUGGUCUGUUUCCGGCCAGCUAUGUGCAAGUGAUGUGA